CUCCCGCAGGUGCGGAUGGCGCUGAAGAACGCCGAGAAGGAGCUGGAGUCCCACUGCAGCUGGGCUGCGCCCGAGGCCCUGCAGAAGUGGCUCCAGCUGACCCACGAGGUGGAGGUCCAGUACUACAACAUCAAGAAGCAGAACGCGGAGAAGCAGCUGCUGGUGGCCAAGGAAGGGGCUGAAAAAAUUAAAAAGAAGCGCAACACCCUGUUUGGAACAUUUCACGUUGCUCACAGCUCAUCUCUAGAUGACGUUGAUCAUAAAAUCUUAACUGCAAAGCAAGCGCUGAGCGAAGUGACGGCUGCGCUGCGGGAGCGCCUGCAUCGCUGGCAGCAGAUAGAGCUGCUCUGCGGCUUCCAGAUCGUCAACAACCCGGGCAUCCACACCCUGGCCUCAGCCCUGAACAUUGACCCCAGCUGGAUGGGCACCCCCCGGCCGAACCCCUCGCACUUCAUCAUGACCGAUGACGUGGACGAUCUGGACGAAGAGAUCGUGUCUCCCAUGUCCAUGCAAU